AUGUCCUUAUGGCCUUUUCGCACCGGGAACGACGCGCGCUUCCAAACCACGCCCGACGCCCCUGAGGAGUCGAUUUACGACACCAUCCGCGGGGACCUCCCGCCGGACCCGUUCGGGGCCGAGCUCGACCGCUACCUCCAGUGGCGCUGGCGGCGGGGGAUCCUCCCGAGCGUCGUCCCGACCGCCGCCUACGGGGCGAUCCUCGGCUUCCUCGUCGGGUUUCGCCAGUCCCGCGUGGAAGGGCGCUACGUCGGGCGGGCUCGCGUGAUGGGGCGCUACACCACCGCCUUCGCCGCCGUGGGGCUGUUGACCGCCGCCUCCCACCACGCCAUGGUGAUGCGGAAUGACUACCGGGAUACGCCGUAUUACCCGAUCCUCUCGGCCACCAGCGGGUCCGUCCUGAUGAUGACCGGCUCCCAGAUGGGGUCGAUCGGCCAAGGGGUCUUCGCCGGCGUCCUGCUUGGGAUGCUCUACGCCGCGGGGUGCUAUGCAAUGCGGUACUACCACCGACGCCGGAUGACGAUCUUCCUCUCCGAGCAGCAGCUUCAGCAAAUCCCGGUCUGCAAAUUAUCCCCCGAGCUCCAGCCCAUGUACCGGUCCUAUCUGUUUGAUAAUCGCCCCAUCGAGGAGUCCAGCAAGGCCAGACGGGAGGCGUUGUUGUUAUCGCGAAGUGAGGACGAUACCCGGCUGGACGCCUACACCUUUAUGCAGCACAUGUCGCCCGAGAUCUACGACUGGGUGAACUUCCCAGACUGGUGGCCUUUGAAGUGGUCCCCGCAAUCCGAGGAGGACGAGAUGCUGAACGAGCGGCGGCGCCUCGAGGAGGCGGCGCGUCUUACCCGAAAAGCCCUCGAGACCGACGAGGGCGCCCUGUUAAAGCGAAAAUUUCGCGCGAAGAAGUAUCGUGAUGUGUAA